GUUCGAUUGCCGGUCGAGAAAGUCUAAAAAUUGGAAGGACUCCAGGAUUGGAAGAAAAUAAGUUAGAGUGGCUAUUAAAUAUUAAAAGUGUUGAUCAGAGGAAAAAAACAGUUUAAAAUGAUCAAACCGAAGCUUCUUUUGGUGCUACUUCUUGGAAGUUGUUUAUCAGAUAUCACAUCGGGAAACGACGAUGCCACGCUAUUUCACGCAAACAGUUUAGACAAUGUUAAGGGACAUCACUUCUCUCAACACGAGGCAACGGUAAAUGCUGCUCGUAGAGGAGCAGCCGAACGACUUGCACGGAUCAGCGCUGGAGGUGUAGGAAAUCCUUGUGGCACUACGAUUUGCUAUAGUAGUUCAGGAUUUUCUGAUAAUAAUGAUGCAGAAACAAUCGGGCAGGGAAUCGUCGGGUUCGCUAGUGGAGCAUCAGGAUCUACGAGUGCUAGUAGCUCCAAGUAUCAGGCAAGCGCUCUAGAAGGCGUAGCUCCAAUUUACCCAGUUGCAGGUGGCUCCAAGUCCAGUUAUGUGAGUUCCUCUCACCGCCAGAGUUCAUCUAGUGUCGCUUCCGGUGUGCCUAACUAUAUUGCUGCUACGGAUGGGGUCAAGACAAGAUCCAGCUUUGGAAGCACGAGUGGAUCAAGUUAUGGAUCGUCCAGUGGAGCUACUCUAGUCCAACCAGUAAUUGCUGCUGCUUAUCCCAUUGGGCAAGAAUCGUCGCAUAGUUCGCUAUCCAGCGCAAACCGUGAACUGUAUACCUACCCAGUGCCGGUUGUGGAUGCCAGUAACGCAUACAAAUCGAGAUCAAACUAUGCUGCAUCAUCUGAGAGACAAGCAUCCUCAGUGGUACAACCAGUACCUGUUUAUUCGUCUGGUGAUCAGGCUUCUCGGUAUAUUGCGUCCGGAAGACAAGACAGCUAUCAAGGUUACAGGCCAGCAAAUACGUACGUAGUUUAUAGCAAACCAGUUCCAGUGCAAGUUUAUACUCCAGUGACAUCAAAUCUUGAAACAGCUGCGCGAUUCGCCAAUGCCGAUAGUAACGUUUAUACGCAAGCACCGGUUAAGGUUGUGUAUCCGGUUCGUAGCUCAACCCAAUAUUCAGCCAAUGACGAACAACAGACGUAUUCUGCAAGUGCUGUCCAGCCUAUCUAUAGCAGUUCAGCAGAUCGUGCAUCGCAAGGAUCCAACUACCGAUCAUCUUCGUCUUACCAACCGGUAUACCAGCCUGUUUAUGGCGGACAAGUAGCAACUGCCGAAAGAUCCGAGGAAUCUCGCAGACAUUCAUCUGAAAGAGUGGGAUAUCCUGUUGAUAAUACGCUGCUACGAACAUCCGCCCACAACGAACGUCACGAGGAUUACAACCGUAGAGGAAGCACGUAUGUUCCACAUGCAGCCGGCUCUGGGUCUGUCUCCAAGUAUUCCACUUACGACCAAGCGCAACAUGCCAAUGUAGCAGGUACUUACGUUCCUAUUGUUCCCGUAACGACUGAUUCCCGGUAUUCCGCUCAAGACCAACGUCACAGCACAGCCUACAACAGUGCAGUUGUACAACCUGUGAUUGGUACUGCUGCAUCAUCUUCAUCGUCGAAGUACUCAGCCGAAGAAAGAAGACAACAGCAAACCGCUGGUGGUCAAUACUAUCCUGCUGGUUCCGCAACCCUAGGUUCACGCUACGCAAGUUCCGAGGCACAGAGUGCUCACAAUCGUCAACAAAGCCAGGUUGCUGGCGGAUACAGUCCAUAUCCGAUCACGAACGAUGCCCUCGGUCGACAAUUUGGAGCUGCCGGCAUCGGCCAGCUUGGAACACACACCGAUCUCAACGAGCUGAUGACGGAAGCCGAACGGUUGGCGAAGGUGCAGGCCCAAAAUGCACACAACGGUGCGGUAUCCGGUAGCGCGGCCAUCGACACGGAAAAUCGGUUCGGAGGUGGAAGUGACGAUGCCGUUAGUGGGGGUACUGGAGGAAGCGGAUUCCAGCGUACAAAGUCUUGGUCGAGCAGCUCAAAGUGGGCUUCGGGACAAAAGUAUGGGGACGAUGGAAAGAUCAAGUCGUACAGCUCAUUGUCGACGGCAGAAAGUGAGCAGCAUAAUAUUAAUGGAAAGAAGACCGGAUACAAGGCUGCCACCAGUACGUUAGAAGAUGAUGGCAAAGUAAGCACCUACAGCUUGCAUACGCCGUAAUUUAGAUUAGUUGAACGCACACUGCUCUAUUUUAUAAGAAAUGUUGACUGAAAUAAAUCAUACAAGAGCUUUCAUUAAAUGUAGUC